UAUUAUUUUAGAGACGGUAAAAAUAAUUCUAAUGAAAACAAGGAAAUGAGCAAUACUAUUUUAGCCAAAAAAUACGGACUGUUAAUACGUAUUUAAAUUUAUGAAAACCGGGCACCCAAACCGCACAUAAUUUUAGUUUUAAGUUAAAGCGAAUUGUGUUAUCAAGUUCAUCAUAAAAAAAACAUACUGUACACUAUGAUCCUGCUGGGAAAAUAAAGCAAAGGGAAAGUGAUUUAAUACCAACUUCAUCGCAGUGACAUUAAAACACAGGAAAUUAUUACUUUCUUAAUAGCAUCAAGAGGAUAUGAUGAAAUUUCAUCACUAAAAUAAAAUGGUGAAGUAGUGUUGAACUUGGAACUAAGCUGGCACAUAUGGAGGUGAAUGGUGAAAUGACCUUUUGAACUCGAAACUAAGCUGGUACACUGUGAAGGAUGAAGCUACAGACAUUCCAGAUUAGCUUCAACAAUGCUCAGGGUGUGUUUAAUGCCGGGGACAGUGUCAGCGGUGUUCUCCAUCUACACCUGUUAAAGCCCAUGAAAAUGAGAAGUAUUAAGUUGCUUUUCAUCGGAGAGGCCAAGACCCACUGGACAGUGAAGCAGGGAAAGAGCAAGACAAACUAUCGGGGCCGUGAGGUGUAUCUCAACCAAGUCAUGUAUCUGUAUCCACCAGAUAUUAGUAGUCGAGGAACAGAAACUGUUGACCACCCAGCAGGUAACCAUGCGUAUCCAUUCCAUCUUGCCAUACCUGCUGAUUUCCCAUCGUCAUUUGAGGGAAAGAAAGGCCAUGUUCGUUACUUCUGCAGGGCAACUAUUGAUCGACCCUGGAAGUUUGACUCGCAAACAAAACGUGCCUUUACUGUUAUUCAUCAUCUGGAUUUGAAUUUGAUUCCACAUGCUGUGGUGCCAAUUUAUGGGGAAGAAAACAAGAAGAUUGAAGGUUGUUGUUGUGAUGCAGGGGAGAUGACUGUGUCUCUAAACAUUGGCAAGACUGGUUAUGUUCCUGGAGAACCCCUCACCUACCACAUGUACAUUGAUAACCAGAGUGACUAUCAUGUUAACAGUGCUUAUCUCCACCUUAUACAGAGUGUAACAUACUCCGGUACAUCGGACAGUAUUCUGUCUUCAGGACGGCCAAAGUUCCACACAAAAACAUAUGAUUUCAAUCUGUUCUCUGAGAAUGUAUCAGUACGCCAACACACCAACCAGCACAUUAACGGUUCUACCUUAAUACCAUCACUUCCACCCUCCAACCUGGAUGGAUGUUCCAUUAUUGAAAUCAAAUACUCAGUCAAGAUGAAGGUGUACUGUGACUCCUCCAGCUGUGUGAUCAUUCGACCAAUUACAAUAGGCUCAAUCCCAGUGAGGGAGCAUCAGCCACAAGCUUCCUUAAUCCAGUCUCCAAGUGGCUACAGCUCUGUGGAGCCUGCAGCCCCUACAGCCCCUUUCUUGACACAGGAGGACAUCAGCGGGGUUGGUCCAGUCCUUGAUGUACCAAAGGGUCCAAUUAUGCCCCCCUCAUAUGAAGAAGCCCUUGCCCCACCCCCUUCUUACUCAGAGUGUGUAUUUGGAAGGACUGAAAUUCGAGAUGAAAAUGAUGAUAGGCACACAGAUGGGAUCAUGAACUGGGCCCCUUCCUAUCCUUACUAUGACUUUACACUGAGAUACGGGGGCCAGAACCCUGGCGUUGCCACCCUAGGGCGCGGUCAAAGUGUGGAAGAUUACGAUGAUGAUGAUUGAUUUAUUGUUGUGGUAUCACCAGAAAAAUGUUGAACUUUAUAAUUACAUCAUGACCAUUACAGCGAUGGAUAAACAUGCUUUUUUGAAGAGGAAUGUAAAAAAUAACUUAUAGUAACAUGUAUCAUGAUGUCCAGUAGUGUUGUUACGCAGUCUAAUUUUUGUCUGUUCUCUUAAACUUUUCUUGAUUUCUUUCAUUGAUUUUUUUGUUUUAUUUGACAUAAAUGUUUAUGGACACAAAAUCUCAGAAAUUUUUAUUUAUUUAUUUUUGAAAAUACCAAUAUUUUUAAUGCUCUUUCAGAUUUUGUUCACUACGCCAAGUUGCUAUUUUUUAAAUUAUGUCACAAAAAACUGAUGUGAUGGUGUUAUGUUUUUCAGACUUUUGUCAAAUUAAUGCCAAUUAAAUUGAUAUUAGUUUAACAUUUUAUCAUUUGUAUAAAACUUUUUUUUAAUUUGGGUGUUUAAAUGAACACAGACAGCAAUAUUUUUAUGAGUUGCACAGCCAUUAGUAAGAAUAUCAUUUUCUGUAAUCGUGAGUGAAAUAAAUAUCUUAUCUUGAUCUUCUCUGAAGUGUAACAUAUUUUCUUUAUGUAUCAUGUAUGAUAUUAGUUUUACUAAUCAAAUUAAGGAAUUUUUAACCAGUUGUUGUUGUUUGAUAAAACAUGGAUAGAACUUUCGAUGUGAUUAUGUUGUAAUAAAACCAUAUGGCAUUUAGCAUGUAUUACAACAAAAUCUAAUGCUGUAAUGCAUUUUCAUAUUUCUUGGCAUAAUACAAAGGUUUUUGUUCUUCUUGUACUUGUAAUUGGCAAGCCUUUUAUAAGUCUAACGUAAGAUCUUUUCAUGACUGAAUAUAGAAACUACUCAAAUUUUGCUAAUGAUCACCUGCAAUUAUUUUGGGAAAGAUCUAACUGUAUCUGUUUUAUACUUUACUAAACUUCAUAAGUCAGUCAUUGCUGGAAAAAAUAGUAUUAAUUCCACUAAUGUGAAAAAAGAUGUCAAGAUAAUUCUUUAAUUUAUUUACUACAAUAUCUCAAAAUUGUCAUAUAAAAAGACAUCAUUUCUUCUGACGAUAAAGAUAAACCACAGAGUUUUAGAACUCUUUAAUUUUUCAUACAUGAGUUGUGGUCCUUGGCAUUUGACAAGGAUAAGCUUGUCUGGUAUUUUUUUCUGCUGUAUCAUGUUUCUUUAUAAAUGUACACAGAUGUCAUGUAUCAGUAGCCCAUAAUCUGUAAAAAAGGUAAUUAAACACCUUGCGGAGAAAUAUCAGUAGUAGAUUUGGGUGAUCUUUAGCAAAAUUUUGUGUAUCUAUGUGUAGCUACCUUUUGACAUGUACAUAAUGUAUGCAUGUUUUAGUCAAGUAAAUGCUUAUAAAAAUGUGCUUAGAAAAAUAGUUAGACAAAGGUGAAAUAGGAUUGGGACUGCUGAUUAGAUAAAAUUUAAAAAAUCAUCAUACCAGGAUCAUAGCUUUUAUUGAUAAAAUAAAUGUUCAUUUUUGGCUGCAAGGUUGGCAACAAAAGUAGAACACGCAACGUAUAGAUGCUCCAGUAUGCCAAAAUGUUCUGUCUUUAACAUAUGUAACUGGGGACAUGAAUUACUUAUGUGUGGUGAAUAAACUCCAAGAUGGGGUCCAAAAUGGCCCCCAUUAAUUGUGGACAAAGAUUAUUGUAUGUGUAGCUCAGGAUGACAUGUAUCACAAAGAUAAAAGAAUGACUCAUCGCAAAAGAUUAUCUUUUGCCGAUCUGAACAUCAAGUUUCAUGUUUGUCUAUUGACCUAAAAGCACAAAAUAUGUAAAUAUUACUUAGGGUAGGACGCAAAACCCAGGGUAUCUGGUUGUGUCAUAAUGAUCGCUUUAUUUACCCUAGAUUUAUGGCCCUUGAAAAUUUUACCAUAUUCAUUUUGUCUACUCUCUAACUUGAGCAUAUUUAUUUAAUCAUUACCAAAAGAGUGCUCUAGCAAAGUGAAAUUGGUACAAUUUUGACAAUUCAAAGGCCAUAAUUAACUUGUCUUGCUUUUUAAUUCAUAACUUAUUGAUAUAACAUGAAUUAAAUACCUGUGCUUUACUAUACUUUCAACUGAUACUUUUAUAAAUUGUUUACAAUAUUAAUGGGUAUAAUUUGUCAAUUGAGUUCUGCCUACAGCCUGAUCAACAGCCUGAUCAUAAUAUUCACUCUGGAGUUAUGGCCCUUGAAUUAGUUUCAACUGUAAUUAUGUUACAAGGAUUGUUAUGGAAGUUGUAUUAACUUAUGCUUAGUCACUCUUGUUGGUACAUCAUAAUGCACCAAGUGGCCUUGUUUGGGGGGCAAAACUGGAUUACCAUGAGAAAACCCACUAAUAUGUCAGACGUGAUGACCACAAACCAAAUUCACAUAAACCCUGGCCAGGCAUCGAACAUUGGACGCAUUGGUGAGAAGCGAGUUUACUAACCACUGCGCUAACCAGUCAACCUAUAAUCUUUGAAUUGUUAAAAUUUGACCAUAUUGACUUUGACAUCUCUUUAAGGUUAACCUCAGCAUUUGUGAUUCAUUCAUUAUCAAACCAUCAAUACAAUUACUCCCAGAGCAGACUAGUACCAAGUUGGCAGAGCUUAACAAGGCUACACCUAUUGUGCAAAUAUAUUACUUUGCUAUUCACUUAAAUGUCACUAGUCAUUAAAAGCUGUCCCUUGCCUUCUUUACCCUGAUUAGGGAAAUUAUACUAUUGCGCUGAACAACUCUGGUUGAGGUGCAGCAGCAAUUACUGGAAUUACCAGUAUAAUUGAAUGGUACAUGUAAUAAGUAUCUGAAUUUUGUCUUUAAUGUAUAUUUAUCAUUUUGCUAAAAAAUCAUGCUUUCUUGAAUUGCUUUUUUGUUUUUGGUUUACUCUCAAUGCUCAUUAAGCGUUAUUUUUAGUUGUUAUUGUAUUUGUACAUGCGUUGCUUUUGUUAAUCAUAUAUUUAUCAGUUGUUAAUAAUGAAAGGCAGAAUAAAUAAUCGCUUCUAAG